AAGAAAGCCGGCCACCUCUGUCUAUGUUCUAUAACUUUACACAAAUUCAUUUUGGCCACUCAGUGCUCUCAUCAAAUUCACUUUAUUUUUUUUUUUUUUGCAAUCUCCUCACCCUCCCUCCCUCUCUCUCUCUCUCCACAUCUCAAACCCCAAGUUUUCUUAUAAAUACAGUGAGUGAGUGAGUGAGUGAGUUGUCUAAGUUGAGUUGAGUGAGUAUUGAGUCACUAGUCACUGUGGGGUGGCCUGAAGUUGAGUGAUUGAUGAUGAUGGUGAUGGUGAUGGAGAUGGGAACCAUGUGGGUGGUCCUUGUGGUUGUGGCCAUUGCUGGUGCUCUUUUAGUCCUCAAGAACUUAAAUUGGUGGCUCUAUGAAUCCAAAUUAGGUGUGAAGCAGUACUCUCUGCCCCCAGGUGACAUGGGUUGGCCCUUCAUUGGCAACAUGUGGUCCUUCCUCAGAGCUUUCAAGUCCAAGGACCCUGAUUCAUUCAUCUCCUCCUUUGUUUCCAGAUUUGGACGAACUGGAAUGUACAAGACCUUGAUGUUUGGAAACCCAAGUAUAAUUGUGACAACACCUGAAACAUGCAAAAGGGUGUUGACAGAUGAUGAUAAAUUCACUACUGGUUGGCCACGUUCUGCGAUAGAGCUUAUUGGAAAGAGGUCAUUUAUUUCAAUGGCUUAUGAAGAACACAAACGCCUCAGGCGUUUGACAUCCUCUUCAAUCAAUGGCAUGGAAGCUUUGUCCCUUUAUUUGACAUAUAUUGAAAAAAAUGUGAUAAGUUCAUUGGAGACAUGGGCCAACCUUGGACAAAUUGAGUUUUUAACUGAGAUCAGGAAGCUUACUUUCAAAAUCAUUAUGCAUAUUUUUCUGAGCUCAGAAUGUGAACCUGUUAUGGAGGCUUUGGAGAGGGAAUACACAGCACUUAAUUAUGGAGUCAGAGCCAUGCGGAUUAAUAUUCCUGGAUUUGCAUACCACAAGGCAUUCAAGGCAAGGAAAAAUCUAGUGGCCAUAUUUCAAUCUAUUGUGGACGAGAGAAGAAACAUAAGGAAGCGAUAUUUGCCUGGAAAAAACCGAGAUAUGAUGGAUGCUCUGGUAGAUGUUGCGGACGAGGAUGGAAGAAAGUUGGGAGAUGAGGAAAUCAUUGAUAUCAUGUUAAUGUACUUGAAUGCAGGCCACGAAUCUUCAGGACACAUUACCAUGUGGGCAACCUUCUUCCUGCAAAAGCACCCAGAAUAUCUCCAGAAGGCCAAGGCAGAACAAGAAGAAAUAGUACGGAGAAGGCCUCCAACACAGAAAGGGUUGACACUAAAGGAAGUUCGUGAGAUGGAUUUUCUUUACAAGGUGAUUGAUGAAACAAUGCGUGUGAUUACAUUCUCACUGGUGGUCUUCCGGGAGGCAAAAUCUGAUGUCAAUAUCAAUGGGUACUUAAUUCCAAAAGGUUGGAAAGCACUUGUGUGGUUCAGAUCAGUUCACCUUGAUCCUGAAAUAUAUCCUAAUCCAAAGGAAUUUAACCCUUAUAGGUGGAAUAAAGAACACAAAGCCGGAGAAUUCCUUCCCUUUGGGGCAGGAAGCAGAUUGUGUCCUGGGAAUGAUCUUGCCAAGAUGGAAAUAGCAGUUUUUCUUCAUUAUUUCGUUCUGAAUUACCGGUUUGAACAGAAAAAUCAUAAUUGUCCUGUGAGAUACUUACCACAUACAAGGCCCAUCGACAAUUGCUUGGGAAGGGUGAAGAAAUGUUGAUCUACAACAACCUGAGAGCUGUAGUAUAUAUGGCUCUUUUUAAUUUGAAAUUCUGUCUCCAUGUUAUCUUCCUCAGAUAAAUGCUUGCAGAUCCAGUCUAAGCUAAGUUGACAUGGCUUCAACAAAAAAAAAAGAGUUUUUCACAGUACAUACAAAUAAGUAAAAUUUCCAAUUCUGCAUCUUCCAUAUUCUCUUUAAGCACUAGCUCGGAAGUCUUCUGUCAUGUCUAAAUGUUCUGACAAAUGAACAAAGGAUCUUUGUCUCA